UGUUUGAGGCUUUGACAAUGAGACCAGCCAAUCGCCUUCAAAUGCCACCCCGCCGGCGCGCCUCCCUUCGAACAGCGCUGACUUGGUAUAUAGCUUCGGCCGCAGAAGGGCGGUCGCAGAUGGUCACGGCGAAAGGAGAACCAGAUCAGAGCCCGAGAAAACAGAUGCGCCAUGAAGAUAAAAUCAAUUGAACUUCUGUUCAUGGCGGUCACGAUCGCUCUCACCGACGCAGAACCUUCGAACUCACUCCUGUCAAAACUGAGGAAUAGCAUGAGUUCGAUCCAGAGUCACGUUAAGGAACAGCACACCAUGAGAAACCUAUUGGAGGACGUCCUUAUAGAUCUUUCCCGCGGUCCUCUAAAGGAAAAGGAAGUAACUCUCUUUCUAGACGCAUCUGCCUCCCCUUCGGAAGAAGAAAUUCUACUGCACCAGGUCCCUGAAGCAACUGGAAUUCCUAAGCUUCUUCUCCAAAAAAAUAAUGGCAUAGAUUGGAGUGCCAGGAAAGACCACAUUGAUGUUUUUGUCGGAGUAAUUGGUGUGGAACUGCCCUGGUUAUUAAGCUCCCCACCACAUGAUUGGGCAGUUCUCUCUGUGCUGCUCAUCGGAAUUAAGCAGGAGUGCGACCCAAGAGCCCUUCUGCAGACAGCACUGGCACAGAGGACUCCUGCAGUGGCCGCGUUGUGUCCAGUGAAGUUAGGCGAGCAGAGGAACAGACUCGAGUUCCGGGUGUUCACGUGGCGACCUCUACACCCGCGCCGAAAGCUCUUGCCUCUGGGCGGAUGGAACGCCUCUCGCUUCGCCUCCUGGGACCAGCUCUUCGUCGACCGCUUCUCGUCCUUCGGCGGCGUCACUCUGCACGUCGCGAGUAACGAAAACGACGCGCCCACUCUCUUCAGGACGAACUCAUCGCACUGGGACGGCCUUGGAUAUCGCAUCUUGAGCGCCCUGGCUGAAAAUUAUAACUUUACUUUCACUCUGACGGUCCAGUCCAUCGACGGGAUGUGGGGUGAAAGGCGUAAUGGAACCUGGGGGGGGAUGCUUGGAGACGUGUACAGAGGAGAAAAGAAUCUAACAAUCAACACGAUCUUCGUCUCCUACCCUCGAAAUGCCGCCUUUGAUAUCUCCAUCCCGUUUAAAUACGAAGGAAUAGCGUUCGUUAUUGCCAACCCUCUACCUCUUCCCCCGUGGCGGAGCGUCAUCUAUCCCUUCACUAGAAUGAUGUGGGCGGUCAUAAGCGGAUUCCUUGUCGUAGUCUCCUUCACCCACUGCCUUUUGGGUUCAUUCGUGGGGAAAGUGUCUCCUUUUAGAGACUUUUUAACCAUUGCACAGGCACUAGUGAAUCAGUCUAACGACGCUGUACCUUCUUCUUGGACCUUAAGAUUGUUCCUGAUGUCCUGGUGGUUCACUGCUUACGUCCUCGUCAUAUCCUACACGUGCAAUCUCAUAGCUUUCCUCACUAUCCCAAAAUAUCCCGUUAAACUUCAAACUGCUCAUGAAUUGGCCGAUAGCUACCACAGGGUAUGUAUGCUGAACUACGGUAAUGAAACAGUGGAAGCCUUCAUAGUGUCCCGCAACCCAACACUCACUACUAUAGCCAAGAAGAUAGAUAAGGUGCCGCUCAUACUCACACAACCAUACACCAACGCCCAAGAGUGCCUUGAACUCGUCACGGCAGGCACCCACGCCAUGCUCGAUGGAGAUUCAUACAUAGCGAACAUAGUACAGGAUUCAGGCUACGCCGACCGCACGUACUUCCUCAAGGAGAGGGUCCUUGAAAGUCCCACGUCCUUUUUCUUCCGCAAGAACACGCCUUGGAAAUACAAGUUUGACGAAGGUAUGUCUCGUCUAGUAAGUUCAGGCUGCAUCGGCAAAUGGAAGGAAGACAUCGACCAGGCACUGAAAAGAACGCGCUACGAGAAGAAACCCGAAGGCCAGCAAGCUCUUAAGGUUGAACAUCUCCAGGGGACUUUCCUGGUCCUUGUUUUGGGUUUGGGCUUGGCGCUGGUCACUUUCAUGGUAGAGCGACACCUAGGAAGACGGGAGAAGAACCAGUGAAGACGCUCAGCUCAGUCCGCAAAUACGAACCAUGACGAAUCAUUGAGA